GGUCACGUGUCAACAAGUGACUUUAAACUGAGAACAGCACAUUUCUUGCGCGAAGAUGCCCCUAAUCGUAAUAUGUGGUUUUCCUUGCAGCGGUAAAAGUCGCCGAGCUCGAGAAUUAAAAGAUUACUUCGUGGAAAAUACAGAUAAGCAAGUUGACAUAAUUGGGGAUGAAAUGCAGAGUAUUGAUAAGAACUCGGUGUAUGCAGACUCUCAGAGGGAGAAAAAUUUGAGAGGUGUUUUGCGGUCUGAAGUCGAAAGGAAAAUCAACAAAGAUGACAUUGUAAUUCUGGAUUCCUUGAAUUACAUUAAAGGUUACAGAUAUGAACUCUUUUGUCUCAUCAAGCAUGUACAGACACCGCACUGUUUGGUCUACUGUUUGACAUCUGCUGCAUUGAGCUCGGAGUGGAAUAAGGAAAGAGAAGCAGAUUAUCGAUAUUCACAGGAAAUUCUGGAUGCACUAAUUAUGAGGUUUGAAGCUCCUGAUUCAAGAAAUAGGUGGGAUAGUCCCCUCUUUACUAUUCAGAAAGAGGACAGACUUCCAUUUGAAGCUAUCGCUGAUGCCGUUUUGAAAAGGAAAGUGCCACCACCUAAUCAGUCUACAGAAAGUCAGCCACUAUCAUCUACCAACUUUUUAUAUGAACUGGACAGAGUUACGCAAGAUGUCUUAAUGGCUGUUCUUGACUCCCAGAAGACAAGGAUUCCUGGGGAUGUUGUUGCAAUUCCGGGAACUACAGAAAAAAUCAGUGUAACAAGAAGCCUCAACAUAGCUGAACUGAGGAAACUUCGGCGACAGUUCAUCAGUUACACCAAGAUGCACCCAACAGAGAACAUUGGACAGAUAGCCAAUAUGUUUGUGCAGUACCUCAACAAAAGUGUACACCAGUAAAAAGAGUUGUUGCCAGUAAAUUUAACAGCACCUUUUAGGUCUUUUUUUCUUCUUCAAUGUUUCAAGAGUUUUAAUUAUUCAUUGUUUUGUUUAACAUGAUAUAGAUUAUGAAUUUACUUUAAAAAGUAGAUAUAUUUUUAGAGAACUUAGCUUGUUACAAAUAAAUAUGUAUUUUAUUUUUGCUUAUACACACACCGACUCUUGAAUGAUGGUGACUUUUUCCAUAGUUCUUCAGUCACAAUUCUUGGAAUCUAAGACUCUUGUUUUGGACAUCACUAUAACAUUACAUUACCUGGCAUUUAGCAGACACUCUUAUCCAGAGCGAUGUACAAGUGCAAAAGUCAGCU